AAAACAGUAUUUAAAUACAAGAUAAUCGAGACGGGAAGACAAAUUUGCACUGCUCUAUUCGCUACUUUCACCCGCAAAGUUACGGAGCAUUGGCAUAUCAGUCAUGCACACCCAAUUGCAUUAUAUCUUCUUGCCAUGCGUCCGCGCGUGCGCAGUGAUUAGCAGCCGCGGCAGUUGUCGCAAACUUGACGACGUGAAAUGCUUUUGACAAUUAGGACUGGGAGGGGGAGUUAAAGGGCCUGUGUUGACACUCCUCGAUUUUCGAAUGAAAUUUUUGGUCUGUGACUGCUACUUUGCGACAUCGCGUGGAUCAAUAAUAGAGCCCGAAAAUAGCAAUGGUGCCUAAGGAAGAUAGCGAUGUGGAUCAAGAAGAUGUUCAAGUACCGGGGAUUAAAACUUAUUCUUUAGAAAUAUUGAAAAUCAUCAAAGAAGCCCAGCAGCAACAUGGAUUGAGACACGGCGAUUAUCAACGGUACAGAGGGUACUGCUCACGACGACUGCGACGUCUUCGUAAGGUUCUUAAGGUUCCUCAAGGGGAUAGGCGGCAUUUCAAACGCCGAGACAUAAUAGCCUCGAUGGUUAGCGAAGAUAAGUUUUUACAAAUUCCAUUGACUAUGGCGGAGCGAGCUUGGAGUUACGCCAUGCAACUGCGUCAAGAGUCAAACACAGAGCCUAGAAAGAAAUUUCAUUUGAUUUCAAGAUUGAGAAAAGCGGGCAGUCAUGCAUUAGAAUUGCAACAGCUCAUUGAAAGUAUCGAUUGCGAUCCCCGAACAAAAUUAGAAGCUCAAGCGUACGUCGCCUAUAUCCAAGGAUCGAUAAAUUUUGAAUUGCAAUCUUGGGUGCCAGCGAUGGAGAAUUUCAAAAAAGCUCAAGUUGUUUAUGAAAAUCUGGCCAAGGCGUUACCCGAAUCCGAACAAAUUAUAUACAAAGCUCGCGUUGAGGAAUUAGCACCAAAUUUGCGAUACUGUGCGUACAAUAUAGGUGACACCACUGCCAUUGACGAUCUAAUGCAGAUGCGAGGUAAACUAAGCGGUGAAUUAUUGAGCAACUUAGAUUCAUUGAUAACACAAACUCGUGACAAGCAAGUCAAUUCUGAAGAAGUAUUCUGGCGUGGGAAAUCUUGUGGUAUCGUCCCGCCAAAGGCUGCCUCUCUAUUAAUGGCUGAUUCUAGGCUCGAUAAUACACUGGACAAGCUUGAUAAAAACCAGGCCAAAAUUGAAAUUCUCGAAGCACAUUUAAUAGAUUGUAAAGACGCUGUCGCAGCUGUUCGCGAAGAAUUCAAGAAUGAUUUGAAAAUUAAAGAUGUCGAUAAAGCUCCGCAACACUUACUUACCUAUUUACAGUACAUUAGACUCUCUCGAACACUCGAUAGAAAUUUAAUAUUAGUGAAAAUUGCAGAGGAGUCAGAGAAGACUAAAUCUCAAGAUAUUGUACGAUUAUACGAAGCUGCGCUUCAGAAUCUUGUGGAAAUGUCAAGACUGCAAGUCGACGAAAGUUUCUUGCAAGAGCACGACGCUAAGACAAAGAGUUAUAGAGCCUUUCGAUGCUUCUACAUGGCCAAAUCAUUGGCCAACCUUCACAGAUGGCGUGAAGCAAUGGUACUGUACCAGAGAUCUUUGCAACACGUCAAAGAUGCAAUGGAACAUAAAAUUCUUUUACCAAAUAGUUUGAAAAAUGAGUUGAUUAAACUCGAAUCACUGAUCGAGGGAGCCCAGUGUGCAGCUCAUGCACACAGUGUUUUAGAAGACGGUCAAGAAGAAGAUAUAGGUAUUAAUAAGCAAGUGAAAAAUAAAAAAAUGCUUGCAGAACGAUUGCACGAGUAUGUAGAAGAUCCAUCGUUGUUAACCAAGCAACCAAACAUUUGUAAACUACCACCUCCAAUGCAAAGUAUUCCAUGUAAACCAUUAUUUUUUGAUUUAGCAUUUAACAUGAUCGAAUUUCCUGAUUUGUCAGAUAAGCUCCAAGAGCAAGAUAAAAAAGGUGAAAAAAGUGGUCUUGCUGGAUUGGUCAAGGGACUUUGGGGAUGGGGUAAUAAGUAAAUUUCGUUUGUUAUUUUUUGUCAAUAAAUACAUUUAUAUCGUGAAUGAAA